AGCAUGCUCCAUCUGUUACAAGUCUCAAGUUUACAUUGAGGCUAAGUGAUGAAUGCUUCGGUAGUGCUGAGGCCUCUGGUUAGAACCAGUCUCCGACUGCCAUGCCUCAUUCCAAAUUCGGUAUCUUUCUGUGCUACCUCAUCUCAUGAAGUGGGUUCCAAUAAGUUUUUUGAAGAGGCUUUGUCCAAGAACAAGGUGGUUGUCUUCAUGAAAGGUGUUCCUGAUGCCCCCAAAUGUGGCUUCAGCAACGCUGUUGUGCAGAUCCUUCGAAUGCAUGGAGUAAACUAUGACAGCUAUGAUGUGCUUGCUGAUGAGCGCAUCCGCCAAGGUGUGAAGGAGUAUUCCAGUUGGCCAACCAUCCCUCAAGUAUUCAUAGGAGGGGAGUUUGUAGGUGGAUGUGAUAUCAUCCUCCAGAUGCAUCAAAAUGGAGAUCUGAUUGAGGAACUAAAAAAAGCAGGCAUCACAUCCACACUCUUGGAAAAAGACCCAAAAAGCCACUAAAUCCAAAGAUGGUGAAUAAUGCCUUCUCUGUGUAACUUUCACAGUAUAGGUGAGGAUUGCCUCUAGGUUUUAUGAAGGUCAUAUGAAUACUGUGUCAUAUUCUUGAUGUUAGGCAAGUGAUGUGGCCAGGUAGAUUGUUUACAAUAAAUCUUCCAUAUAUUUCCUGAUUUCAUUUCCCAUGAUGAUUUUGGCUUUAUGGCUGUGAUCACGAGUGCAGUUGACAAUUGAAUCUUUUGAGGCAGGCUCAACAUUUUCACAGCUUGUUUUUCAUCUAUCAUGAGAUAUAUGAGGAAUAAAUAAUUCUGACUUUUCA